AUGGCGUGUAUUAAAGAGGAGAGUGAAGACGUGAAGUUUAAAGAAACAAUCAGAGUGAAACAUGAAGAAACUGAGGAACACACAGACCUGAUGCCACUGAAAGAGGAUAGUGAAGUACUGAAUGAAAUGGAGAGAGCUCAGUAUGAGAAACAUGAUUCCACAACUGGAGAAAAACGGUUUAGUUGUUCACAGACUGAGAAAUAUUCCUCACAAAGAAGAGCUCAACAAACAGAAACUAUAAGUUAUUUCAUCUGCCCUCAUUGUGGAAAGAGUUUCACUAAAAAAGGAACCCUUAAAGCCCACAUGAACAUUCACACUGGAGAGAAGCCUUACACCUGCCAACAGUGUGGAAACAGUUUCACUACGAAAGGAAUCCUUAAAGGUCACAUGAUGGUUCACACCAAAGAGAAGCCUUUCACCUGCCAACAGUGUGGAAACAGUUUCACACAAAAAGGAAGCUUUAACAGGCACAUGAGAAUUCACACUGGUGAGAAGCCUUACAUCUGCAAACUGUGUGGAAAGAGUUUCACAACAGAACUAAACCUAAGGUAUCACGUGAACAGUCACACUGGAGAGAAGCCGUUCACAUGUGAUCAGUGUGGAAAGAGUUUCAGCCACAAAGUAACCCUUAAAAAGCACCUGAGGACGCACUCAAGAGAAGACUGUUGUAUAUGUCAUCAGUGUGGAAUGAGUUUCACAGAUAUAAAUAAUCUUACGGCGCACAUAAUAACUCACACCGGAGAGAAGCCUUUCAUGUGCUAUCACUGUGGAAAGACUUUCUCAAACAAAACAAACCUUGAGGUUCAUAUGAGAGUUCACACUGGAGAGAAGCCUUUCACCUGCCCUCAGUGUGGAAAGAGCUUCAGAUUUAAAGGAAACCUUCAGACACAUAUAAGAGUUCACACUGGAGAGAAGCCUUACACAUGUAUUCAGUGUGAAAUGUGUUUCACAUAUCAAAGGGACCUGAAGCGUCAUUUGCAAACUCAUUCUGGAAUCGAGGGUUCCUCAAUCUGGCAAGAAGUUUAGAAAAAUAAGCAAUUUCAAAGUCAUUUGUGCAUUCAUUCUGGAAGAAGGAAAUUUAACUCCCCCGC